AAGUGAGCAGCGAAGCCAACCGGACCUACUUUCGUACGCGCGUACCUUCGGCCAGGCCGAUCGACAGUGAGUCACUGCGAAAAGAAAAGUGUUUUUUUUUCUUCUCGAUCGCGACCAACUGGAAUGGCUUGUUGUAUAACGUUGACGCCCGUAACAAGUGUUGUUUGUGUCGCUGCUGUUGCGUUUUGAUAUGCUCGACAAUUCACCGGAAGUUUAGAAUGGCAUCCGUUCGGGGAAUAGUGGCUGUUUUUGGCCUCGUAGCGCUAUCGGCCCAAGUUCACGCGGUCAACCUGGUGGCGUACAUCUCGCAGCACGGACUUCACGGGGAGAUCUCGUUCGCGCAGUACUCCGAGCGGCAGGUUCAGAUAACGUCAGAUCUUGAAACGACCCUUCAAUACCCGGACCAAGCGUGGAGUUGGGGCGUGUACCAGCUGCCCGUGGACUACACGAUCGUGGACCCGGGUCAGCGGUGUGACCUGCGUGGGUUGGGUGAACAGUUGUGGUCGUUUGACGAUGAUCUGGGGUUCUUGACGUUACCUGGGAAUGAGACCACCAGUUGGGUCAACGACAUUCCGUUGACCGGGGAGAAGGGACUGUGGGGCAAAUCGUUAGUGCUGUAUGAUCCCAAUAGUAACUUUAGGAUAUGCGCUACGAUCACUACCAGGGAUGGAUCGCAGGACCACAUUGCGGAAGCGAGGUUCAACAGUCCCGUUACGGGGUCGGUGUACUUCCGGUGGUUGGCGUCGAAGGAGUCGCACCAUUCGGACACCUUGAUCUACUCGAAUUUGUUCCACAUUAGAGAGCAAUCCAGAAAGCUCAACAACCCUGACUUCACGGAGCACGUCUGGAAGAUCUACGUGACAGACAUCUUCGAGAAUGACGCAGCAAACGCGGAAGAGAACUGCAACAAACUGCAGCUCGUCUUCGAUCCUCAAGUUCGCGGUACCGGAAAGGCCAUCGGUGAUAUCGAUGUCCGACUAGGAAACCUCAAGAUCACCACCAACUCCCAACGCAACAAGUAUCCACAGCUGUUCAACGAUCAAGACCUGGUUCUCCUACCCAGCGAUCUGUACGGUCCAUCGCGCAAGCUUUACCUGGUGAUCUUCGACCCCGUCCAUCCGGAUACCUUCCUGGCGUGUGCCAAAAUCCGUAAUUUGAAGGCCAAAUCCGCGCGGGCGAUCGUAAACGGAGGUGGAAUCCGCGGUGAGAUGCGAUUCAUGCAGCGAUCGCGAUUCGAGCCAACCUGGAUUAACGCGUCGUUUGCGUCGAUCACCAACCAACCUCAGGACAACGUGAACUACGCCAAAGAUGUUGCGAGUUUCAAGAUCAACCAGCUUCCACUGCAGGCCUACGCUGCUGGAAGUGAAGGCUUCUGCCAAACUUCGGGAGACACAUUAAAUCCCACGAACGUCGAUCAGAGCAGUAUUCCACCACCUGGUUACGGAACGCAGGAUCAAUACCCGGUGGGCGAUCUUACGGGCAAGCUUACCAACCGUAACAAGCGUGAAACCCACAAAAUGUUCCUCCCAGGAACCAGCGCCGAACUGAGUGGCUUCUACUGGGAUACCUUCCUCCCGCUUCAAGGCAUGCACAGCAUUAUUUUCAGAGGGUUCAACGUGCAGCGAUUCAACCGUACCGAUCCGACCAACAUCACCCACGUACCGUGGGCUUGCGGACCGGUAAGCCUGUACGAAAUCAGCCGUCCCUAUCAGAUUCCGAUCUUCACGGCUCAGGUUCUGCUCCGGUACCCGAUCGUGGGCCGUAUCAUCUUCCGCCAGGUCAAGGACGAGUUCUGGAGCGAUACGGCGGUAAUCUUCGAGUAUCUGAUCCACGCCGACGGGGCUGCGGUGAACAACACGGCGGAGCACCGUUGGGGCAUCACGGAUGAUCCUCCCGGGAAGGACUUUUAUGACUGGCAGAAUCGUUGCGUUAGCACCGGCGGGAUCUACAACCCGCACAAGGUGUCGCUGGGAGCUUCCAACUGGGAGGAACGAUGUACGAUGAGCUCGAGCGAACUUUGUCGGCUGGGUGAUCUGUCGAAUCGCGUUGGAAGGCUGGGGAUCGCUGGUAGCAAGGAGGAUGCUGGGAGAAUCAGUCGGAAGAUGUUUGUGGACCAGAAUUUGCCCUUGGGUGGGUACGCGAGCAUUGUGGGGCGGUCGGUGGUAAUCUUUGACGAUCAUGGUCCGAAGGCGAGAGGAGAGCGGCUGGCUUGUUCGAGGAUUGGCGGGUAUCAUCGCCGGAAAGUAGUCGCUCGCGACUGGUACUCAAACGGAGAUCCCCUAACAAUCAAAGGAAAACUUGAGAUGUUGCAGCAAUCCGAGUACGACAUGACAAACGUAGAAGUGGAGUUCAGGGGGCUGAUCGCCAACAGCGGAUUCCACGUUCAUAUAGCCCCCGUUGAGGGAGAUCUGGAGUUCCCUUGUGAGGACUCUACCGUCUACGGGCACUGGAAUCCACGCGGUGUCAACCCGAAGCAGUCGCCACCUCCUGCUAUGGGCAGUACGGAUCAGUACGAGCUGGGUGACCUGAGUGGAAAGUUCGGAACGUUGGACGGUGUGUCGAUGUAUGAUAACUUCUACAACGACUCCCGGAUGCCUCUGUAUGGUUACGAGAGCAUAAUCGGACGAAGCAUUGUGGUUCACAAGAAGGAACAAGGUCGACGAUGGGCCUGUAGUACUUUAGAGCGUGGAUACAGUCCCAGUGAAGCGCGGGAGAUUCGAGCGAUUGCGUCGUUCCACCAUCCGGCAGGGUACGCGUACGGAUACAUCCGGAUGACGCAACUGAUCGGGAAUGAUGGAAGUCAGAGUGAUACGACCAUUGAGGUCAAGUUGAGGUACCCGGGAAAGCAUGAUCGUAACAAAACGCUGAAUCACAAUUGGCACAUCUGGGUGAAUCCAGUUGGAGUGGACGCCACUGUUUUGCAGGUAGAAACUCGAUGCGUUGCUGCCGGUUAUGUGUGGAAUCCGUAUUAUACCCAGCUGGCCGAUCCGUUGAAUCAAGACCUGUACCGCAAGGAGUGCGGUCCGGACAAUCCGCUUCGUUGCUACGUCGGAGACGUAUCGGCGCGCCUCGGUCCCAUCAACAUCGGCUACCGAAGACAAGUCUUCACCGAUAGCAACUUCCCCCUGGAGGGCGCCGUCAGCGCUCUCGGCCGCUCAAUCGUAAUAUUCGGCCCGGAAUUCUCCGGCUUUCGGUUCGCUUGCGCCAACAUUCAACCGGAUCACGACAUUGUCAAGUACAUCAACCUGAAGAAGCCGCCUCGCUUUGUGGUCGCUCAAUUCCUGGAGGAUGUACGCUCCGUAAUGGGUCUUCCCGAGUGGAUGUUGGCAAUCGAUUCACGUAGCACGAAAACCCUCCACAACGAUGCCUGCAUUCAGAUGAUCGUGCAUUUCAAAGGACCAAAUGCCUUUCAAAUCGAGCAGGACUUCUCCAAGCUGCUGGCCACCGGUAGACUGGAUUCACCCACCAUCGCCAUUCCAGGAUAUGUGAACCAAAAGCGCAAGAAGAUGCUGUCCUACCGAACCUGUGGAGUGCGCGAUCCGAACGAGAGCAACAGCAACAGAAGAUUCUUUUAUCGGGGAGCAGCGGAAGAUACGAAAUACUCCUCUCGACUGCUGGCGGUUCUUCCAGCGACUGUCAUACUACAUCUGUAUUAUGUAGCUUUUAGAUGUUAGUCUUAAUCGAAGUGAAUCAAACUUGUGAUACUCUGCUCAAGCUGUAAGCUUCAUCAUGCUCUGGAAGGUUCUCUGAACAGUUCUUAAUUAAUCUUAAUUAAAUGGGAAUAAAAACAAUUUGCAAAAACGUUCUCUCGUAA